AUGGACGAUACGCUGUCCCCCAAGCCCCGCCGCCCUUUCGAACCAGUGCCUCGAUACUCGACUAGACAGGAACAAGUCGAUAGACCACCGCCUCUUCCACCUCGGCAUCAAUCGUACUCCCACCCAGAAACAACACCUUUGUCACCUUCGGAGAUCGGCUCUCCCGGGAGAUACACAGACUCAGAUCCGGGAACAUGGCGACCUUCAGCAUGGCUGGCAUCGUCUUUCCAGUCUGAUUCACCUGGGCCCCCGACUAGCAUAUCUCCCCGGCACUCGGGAUCUUCUGAGAAUAACACCAACUCCCCCUCAUCAGGCCAGACACACCUCAGACAAUAUCCUCCACGCACAGACGGGACACACGGUGACCGCCUGCCUCCGAAGCCAGGUAUUAGUCGAAGUUUUACGUGCCCUUCUGGUCGUUUCUCCAACGCCUCCACUGUAAAUAUCGCGUCGGGUACGCAGGUUCAACCACAGCUCCGAAGCCGGGCGCAACAACACUCAUCCCCUGAGCAUUCGGCUCGCAGCUCUCCGCCACUUCAACACCACGGAGUCCCUUACACGGACCUGCCUCCCAAGGGCUGCAACACCAAUACUACAUCGCCAUACGCAGCAGGGACGCCAUCUUAUUCGGCCUCACGCGACACCGUCGCAGCACGCCGCCCUUCCCAGACGCGUCCCCCAGGACCGACCCGGCUGGCAACAGCACCAGCCAAAUCCUCAUACCCUUAUAGCCAGCAACAACAAAGGCGGCAGUCGCAGCAGUACACUCCCAACCGUCAAUCAUGUCUGAACCUCGCCUCUCCACCAGCUCAAAGCUCCACGAACCUCAGCCAACGCCCCACCACUCUCCCCACAACAACAACAACAACCACCACCACCACCACCCCCUCCGCCUUCGCCUCCUCCGGCUGCACCAAGCCCAAGCCCGCCCUAUCCGACCACCGCCGCUCCUCCUUCCCGCCCGUCCAAACCGGCGUCUACCGCGCCUACCCCAUCGACCCCACCGCCUCCUUCACCCGCCCGCCCGCCACAACAACAACAGCGCCGACACCCACGUCCACGUCCACGUCCGCAUCCACCGCCUCGUCGUCGCUGCCAUCCUCCCCGCCGCUGCGGCCGCCGCGCAAGGAACUGCGCUUCGCCGCCGACGUCGAGCACUGCCCCUUCGCGUCGUCCGCGUCCUCGUACUCGUCCGACACUUCUUCCUGGUCCUCGUCGUCGUCGUCGUCGUCGUCGUCGUCGUCGGACGAUGACGACAAUGACAACGACAACGACGACCCCCUCGCCUACGGCCGCAUACCUGGGCCUCGCCGGUCUGUUCCUCGGCAUCGCCGUCGCCCUCAUGGUGGUGCUGGUGGGCAAGCGAGCACCAGCACCAGCACCAGCAGCACUAGUAGUACUAGCAGAAGCCGCACCCGCACCCGCACCCGCACCCGCCACGCGGGCGGCAAGGGCGAAGGCGGUCGUAAGUUCGCGCCCGGCACGCCGCGCCCGGGCUCGCCCGUCUCGGAGGAGGAGGAGGAUGAUGAUGACACGGAGCCCGAGCCGGGGCGAGUGGUGGUCGAGCGGGGUGGUGGCGGCGGUGACGGCGGCCGGAGGCGGAGGAGGAGGAGGAGAGUGUCGCCGCGGUCGGGUGGGAGGAGGGAGGCGGAUGGGGGUGGUGGUGGUGGUGGGGAGCAGGUGAGGCGGGGUGGGACUAGUAGUAAUAGUGGUGGUGGUGGUGGUGGUGGUGAUCAGAAGGAUAGGGAGCAGCGGCGCGGGAGUGGUGGUAGUAGCGGCGGCGGCGGUGGUGGUGCCAGGACGGGGAUGGAAGAGCGUAAGCGUGACAGUUUGCCUGGGAUGAUGGAUUUGGCGGCGGUUUUUGCGACGUAUGUUUUGACGUGA